AUUUCUUAUAAAUUUCUUCAGUCAAAUCACCAAUAUUACUACUGCCCAUUUCCCAUUCAUUCCUCCCAGAUCGGACGGUCUAAUUUUCAAUGGCAACCAACAUCAACACAACCAGAUCCGGAUCGGCCACACCCACCGUCAAUGGCGACGCUGAAGCUCCACCAAAACCCAGAAUAGCUCUGAUCACCGGAAUAACCGGCCAAGACGGCUCCUACUUGACAGAAUUUCUCCUUAACAAGGGGUAUGAGGUUCAUGGUCUGAUCCGUCGGUCCUCUAACUUCAACACCCAGCGUAUCAAUCACAUCUACAUCGAUCCUCACAAUACCCACAAGGCCCGUAUGAAGCUACACUAUGCUGAUCUCACUGAUGCAUCCUCGCUUCGCCGCUGGCUCGACACCAUCCUUCCAGACGAGGUUUACAAUCUCGCUGCUCAAUCCCAUGUUGCUGUUUCUUUCGAAAUUCCUGAUUACACCGCUGAUGUGGUGGCCACUGGGGCACUCCGCCUCCUUGAGGCCGUCAGAUCUCAUAUAGCUGCCACGGGAAGAAGUCAUAUCCGUUAUUAUCAGGCUGGAUCGUCUGAAAUGUUUGGGUCCACUCCGCCUCCCCAAUCGGAAACAACUCCAUUCCAUCCAAGAUCUCCAUACGCAGCAUCCAAAUGCGCGGCGCAUUGGUACACAGUUAAUUACCGUGAAGCUUAUGGGUUGUUUGCAUGUAAUGGGAUCUUAUUCAACCACGAAUCGCCUAGGCGAGGAGAGAAUUUUGUUACCAGGAAGAUUACAAGAGCUGUUGGGAGGAUUAAAAUAGGAUUGCAAAGUAAACUAUUUCUAGGAAAUUUGCAGGCGUCAAGGGACUGGGGAUUUGCUGGGGAUUACGUGGAGGCUAUGUGGAUGAUGCUGCAGCAAGAAAAGGCUGAUGAUUACGUGGUGGCGACGGAGGAGUCGCAUACGGUGGAGGAGUUCUUGGAGGUGGCAUUUGGGUAUGUGGGUUUGAAUUGGAAGGAUCAUGUGGUGAUUGACAAGAGAUAUUUUAGGCCAGCGGAGGUGGACAAUUUGCAAGGAGAUUCAAGCAAGGCAAGGAAAGUACUUGGAUGGAAACCAAAGGUGGGGUUUGAGGAGCUGGUGAAGAUGAUGGUGGAUGAAGACAUUGAGCUUGCUAAGAGGGAGAAGGUGCUGGUUGAUGCUGGAUAUAUGGAUGCCCAGCAACAGCCUUGAUGAUGUAGCAAUAUGAGUUUAUUGGGAUAAUGUCACCAAAACUUUGCAUUUAGACAGCUUCAUUUUGUUUUAAGGGAGGACAAUUUAAAUUUAUCAGUGUUUUUUUUUUUUUUUUUUUAAUGUUCAGUUGUUUUAUCAUCUGGAAUCAAAUUUAGUGCAGAGAAAAAUUCUGGGAUCAAA